AGUUUUUUUUAGCUCAUAUUUUAGCCAAAUAGCAAAAAAGUUACUAAAUUAGCCUGUUCCCAAACGAGGCCUAAAUUUUUAUCAUUCUCCCCCUGGUUCCUUUAGUUUAUUCAUUUGAAUCUUUCUCUUCUCUCUUUUUUUUUUCUUCGUAGAAAACUGGCAGUUGCAUCCAAGAAGAAGUAGAGACUUCUAUGUAUGAUACUGCAGCAGACUUUGUAUCUCAAGGUGGUGCAUAUGAAGAGGAUGAAGGUGAAACAAGCACUUAUUAUUUGCCUGGAGGCUUUGAAGGUAACACGCCAUCAAAGUUUGGCCAGAAGAAAAGGAAGAACUUGACAAAAUCUAAUGAUGCAAGAGCAUAUGAUCUGGGAACUAAUUCACCAAUCAUGCAAUGCAUGGAAAAUAAAGUUGGGACUGAGCAGUCUGUGUUUGACCAUUUUUGUGUUGUCUUUGGAUUAGAUCAGUUCCAAGUAAAGCAUCAUUGCCAUAUUAAUGUAGUGACUUUUAUUUCAGACAUUUAAUGUUUGUCACCUGUUGCGGGAUUGGCGUUUAAGUGUAUGAUUUUGUGACUUGGAGAACUGUCGGUGUGUCUUGAUAAUUUAGACUAAUGAUGGUUUCAAGGGAUGCACAUUUUAGUUUUAAAUUUUUUGUUUUAGUCUAGUUUUAAUAUAAUCCUUAUU